AUGUCUCAUACCCAACCGUCACCCACUGUGGGGGUGGCCCAACACCAUCCCCAUCUCGCUGCGCAUGCCCAGGUCAAUGGCCAUCUCCAAGCCAUCCCGCAAGGCCAAAAGGGCCCCCCGCUCAGCACCGGCCAGAAGAUUGCUGCUCUCAAUGAGCAGGUGUGGCUGCAAAUAGGCAGCUUGACGGAAUUGAUGGGGGAUCUGGAGGGUGCCAUGAAUGCGUACGAGCAAGCCCUUCGUCACAACCAGUGGUCUAUCCCCGCCAUGAACGCCAUUUCGUGCAUCCUGCGCACCAAGGAGCAAUUCCCCAAGGCCAUCGAGUAUCUUCAAAACAUUCUGAAGCUGGACGCGAAUAAUGGAGAAACUUGGGGCAGUCUGGGCCACUGUCAUCUGAUGAUGGACAACUUGCAAGAAGCAUACACCUCGUACCAGCAAGCGCUCUACCACCUUCGUGAUCCCAAGGAACCGAAGUUGUGGUACGGGAUUGGUAUCCUCUAUGAUCGCUAUGGCUCGCUCGACCAUGCUGAGGAGGCUUUCUCUCAAGUCAUGCGCAUGGCUCCCGAUUUCGAAAAAGCCAACGAGAUCUACUUCCGCCUGGGCAUUAUUUACAAACAGCAACAGAAAUUCAACCAAAGUCUGGAAUGCUUUAAAUACAUCGUCAACGAUCCGCCGCGUCCCCUUACCGAAGAGGAUAUUUGGUUCCAGAUUGGCCAUGUCCACGAACAACAGAAGGACUUUGAGUCUGCACAAGCUGCCUACCGACGGGUUCUCGAUCGCGAUCCCAACCACGCCAAGGUGUUGCAACAGCUCGGAUGGCUGUAUCAUCAGCAGAGCAACAACUACGCGAGCCAGGAAAAAGCCAUCGAGUACUUGGAGAAGUCUGUCAGCGCUGAUAACACGGAUGCCCAGAGCUGGUAUCUUCUUGGUCGGUGCUACAUGUCACAGGCCAAAUACCCAAAGGCAUACGAAGCCUACCAGCAGGCAGUCUACCGUGACGGACGUAACCCUACGUUCUGGUGCUCUAUUGGUGUCCUUUACUAUCAGAUCAAUCAGUACCGCGAUGCGCUCGAUGCGUACUCGCGUGCCAUUCGCUUGAACCCUUACAUCUCGGAGGUCUGGUAUGACCUGGGCACUUUGUACGAAUCCUGCAAUAACCAGAUUGCGGACGCGCUUGAUGCCUACGGACGUGCCGCGGAUCUUGAUCCGGCCAACGUCCACAUCAAGGCGCGCCUUCAGCUACUUCAGAGCCAACUGUCCGGGUCGGCGCAGAACAAUGCUCCCGCCCCACAGCCGCAGGAUGUUCACCCCCAGGCAUAUCAGGCCCCGGGCGUUGGCGCUCCUCCGGCUCCUCAAUGGGGCGCUCCGGCCCCGGUGGCCCAGGCGCCCGCUCCCCCGAGACAAGUGGCUGAGUGGAGUCGUGGUGUCAGUGAGCUUCCGCCGCAGGGCCACGCUCUGCCGGCCAACGGCGUCGACCAGCGUGAUAUCGCCCGCGCCCCCGGUCCUGCUCAGCCCCCGAGCCCCCGACAGGAGCCCGGCCGCCCGUUCCCGGAUGCCCGCGCCCCUCGCUCGCCGAAGAUGGGCGGUCCUCCCGCAUACCCGCCGCCGCACACGCUGCCUCAGCUGGCCAACGCGCCAGCCCCUGGCCAUGAACGUGCACCAAGCGGCGGCGGCGCCUUCGGAUCCGCGGUCCGAGGGGGUCUUCCCCGGGCCCUGGCGGUGCCCCCGGGGCUCCUCCUAAUGGCGGUGCGGCUGAUUCGUCCCAUUCGUGACGAGCCGCGUCCCUCCUCCCCCGGGUCGACCUACCCCCACCAGCAGUACCAUCAUGGCCCUACCGUGUCGACCCAGACCCCCAACACGACGGGUAUUGCUUCCGGGGCCCCGGCCCCUCCUUCUGCCGUGACCGCCGCGGAGGCGGCCGCCCGCGAACGUGAUGAUCGCCCUGCAUCCGCCAUGAAGCGCGGCCGUGAGUGGGAGAGCGAGUCCGGCCCCGUGAAGAAGCAUGCCAAUGAAGAGAGCCGGGCGCGUUUGGAUGACCAGCACAGUCGCCGUCCCAGCCCACCUGCCCGUAUGCCCUCUCCUGGCCCGAUGCAACGGCGUAGCUCGUCCGAGGUGCGCCGUGAGGAUGCCCGCCAUGCCAACGAGAACUACCACCCAUCCGAGGCCGCCCACCACCCCCCCACUUUGCCGUCAAUCCAAAACGUGCCUCCCCAUGCUACGGGAGGACCCAGCCUUCCCCCAAUGGCGGAGGGUGCGCCCCCCGCACCGAACGGUCCUCCUUCCGGACCUCCCUCGGCCCAUACCCCCGUCAAGGAAGAAGCGUCUCGCCCAGAGGCACCCUCCUCCCACGAACCGCCCGCUCGCAAGAUGGACGUUGACGAGGACUAUGAUGAUGACGCAGAUGAGGAGAAGAAGGCUGCUCCCGCUGCCAAGGGUAGCCCCAACGGCAGCAAUGCCGGCAAUGCCGCCAACGGUGCGGGCACUGGCGGCCAGGGUUCCCCCCAUCGAAGGCUGAAUCGUCCGCAUAAAAAAGGAUUCUGGCCAUACGAACCGUGUAUGUCUGGGUCGUGA